AUGGCUGACGUCUGCUUGAAAAAGAAUAGGAAAGCUAGGAGCACUAAUUUCUCCUUAACUGAGGUAGAAAUUAUUAAAAAUGAGGUAAAACUCCAUCCUAUUCUGGAGGCAAAACAUAGUAUUACUGUUACCAAUGCUAAGAAGCAAGCUAUUUGGCUUGAAAUUGUUAGUAAAGUUAAUGCUGUGGGGGUGGCAAAAAGGAGUUUGACAGAAGUCAAAGACAAGUGGAGCAACAUGUGUAGAGAAGCCAAACUGAAAUUUACUGAGAACAGAAGACAGAUGACAAAGACGGGAGGAGGACUUCCACCCAUUCCUCUUUCCCGGACAAUACAAGAUGUCGAUAUGUAUAUGGAUGCCAGUUCCUUCCAUGGGAUUGAAGGGGGCAUUGAAACUUCAAUGCCUGGCUGUUCUGGUAAAAUAUGA